CGGUGCCAUUAGACGCUGCAGUCACGCUGCGAGCUGCGACUUCCCAGCUCCAUCACAUCCACUUUUUUUUUUCUCUCCUUUCCUCCACACACUCAGUCCUUUCCUUUUAAAAGAAGCGCUGCGGUUCAUCCGCACAUCCCCGAAGGAACGAACAAUCUCGCAAGAUCGGUCACUAUCGGGCACCUUUCUUCUUCUUCUUUUUUUUUUUUUUUUAAUUAAUUUAUUUAUUUUUUUGCAACACUCCUCUCUAACCCUCCUGCGGCUGAUACUCGAGUCCCCCAAUGGCUCUGCGUGUGGCGCUGCUCUGCUCUCUGCUCGGGCUUCUCCUCGGACAAGGAGAAAAGCACACCGCAGUAAGCGACUGCUGCAAAAACGGCCAGAAGCACGCGAACGAUAACAAUGACUGUGCAUCCCUCCGCCUCAUUUCCUCUUCAGUGACUUGCAGGAUAGCGCAGGAGCAGUGCUGCGUGUCAGUGCUGGAGGACAACAUGUGCUCCACCGGUAUCAACGCGGCAAAGGAACAUGGAAACUGCGAUUCUCUGCUUGCCAGCACCUGCGAGACCAAGACAGCAAAGAUGUGCUGCGACUGUUGUCUUCUGGGGAAGGAAGCUCAGGACCUGAACAUACCCUGCGACCACAACCUGUCAGUGGGCUACCAGUGCAGCCUGGUGUCCCGGGCCUGCUGCAUGGACGGAGCCUCAGACAACCAGACAGCAGCACUGGGACAGUCUGAAUUACCCAACCAGGACGGCAGCGCUGGUGUAGCAGUGGGAGUCGAUCCAUGCAAAGGGAAGUGUGACCACGUCUGUGUCGGGAAUGACUCCUGCGCCUGCAUGAAGGGCUAUAAACUCAAACCGGACGGGAGGAGCUGUGAGGACAUCAACGAGUGCCUGCUGGGAUCCAGCAACUGUCGGGGGGGAGAGCGUUGCAUCAACACCGAGGGUUCGUUCCGCUGCAUGAGAGAGGUCAGCUGCGGGACCGGCUACGAGCUCACCGAAAACAACGACUGCAAAGACAUAGAUGAGUGCGAGACGGGCAUCCACAACUGCGGCGAGCAGUUCACGUGUCAAAACACCCAGGGGUCGUUCCGCUGCGCCCCGAAGAACACCUGCGGCUCGGGCUUCAUCCAGGACGCGCUCGGAAGCUGCAUCGAUAUCAACGAAUGUGUCUCCCAGUCAAAUCCGUGCCACCGAGGGCAGAUCUGCGUGAACACGGUGGGCUCCUACGCCUGCCAGAGAAACUCUGUGAACUGCGGUCGGGGAUACCACCUGAAUGAAGAGGGCACGCGCUGCGUCGAUAUCGACGAGUGCAAAGGAGCCGAGCAGGUCUGCUCAGGCCACUCUUGCAUCAACCAGCUGGGGUCGUACCGCUGCGAGUGUGAAACCGGGUACAACUUUAACAGCAUCAACCGGCUCUGUGAAGAUAUUAAUGAGUGCAGGCACUACCCUGGACGACUAUGCGGUCACAAAUGUGAUAACACCCCUGGGUCCUACAAGUGUAGCUGCACCACCGGCUUCCAACUGGCUAGGGAUGGCCGGAACUGCGAUGAUGUGAACGAGUGUGAGAGCAACCCGUGCAGCCAGGAAUGUGCCAACGUGUAUGGCUCCUACCAGUGCUACUGUCGCCGUGGCUACCAGCUCAAUGACAUAGACGCCAUGACUUGUGAAGAUAUUGAUGAGUGUGCCCUUCCCACUGGCGGCCAUAUUUGCUCCUAUCGCUGCCACAACACACCGGGAAGCUUCCACUGCUCCUGCCCUGCCAACGGCUACACGUUGGCAGUGAACGGGCGCAGCUGCCAGGACGUUGACGAAUGUGUAACGGGAAGACACACAUGCACGGAAAAUGAGAGCUGCUUCAACAUCCUGGGCGGGUACAGGUGCCUGUCCUUUGACUGUCCCAAAAACUACAGACGUGUUGGACAGACUCGAUGCGAACGCUUGCUUUGCAACGACUCUGUCGAUUGCCCGAUCUUGCCCCUGAGAAUAACCUACUACUACCUCACGUUCCCCACCAACGUUCCCGCCUUCACCAAUAUCUUCCGCAUGGGCGCCUCCCACACGAUGCCUGGCGAUGACGUCCAGGUGGCGGUCACCGCCGGCAACCAGGGGGGGUUCUUCAAGGCCGAGCGCACGCCCACCGGCGGCGUGAUGUCGGUGGCAAGGCUCAUCGACAAGCCACAGGACUUCCAGCUGGACUUGGAGCUCAGGCUGCGCCGCUACGGCACGGUCUCCAUUUACCUGGCUAAGAUUCUGGUGUUUGUCAUCCAGGAGGAGCCCAAAGUACCAUACAACCUCUUGCAGGAGUAAACACAAGACUUGUUGAGGAUUAAACACAUUAGUUUACUAUUAGAAAAUGAAUGUUUCACACAAUAUUGAUGAUACGAUGUAGAUGUAUAUUCUUCAAGAUACAGGAAAACUCUACAAUUAUUGGCACUCCUAGGAACAAGGUGUGAAAGGUCUUAAAUAAAUUCAUAUUGAACUGUAUCUCACAGAAUAUUUUGUUAUUACUUGUUCAUACUUGCAGCUAGGGCUGUCACAAUAACACAUUUUCCAGGAACGAUAAAUUUUCCCAGAAGCUGUAUCGUGAUAAACAAUAAUAAUUGUUGUUUUGAGGCCAUUUUCAAGUGUUAUGACAGUAAUGGCAUAGAAACCCAAGAACACAUUCUCAAAGAUCAAUAAUCUAUAAUGAACAUUUAACACUGGAACUGGAAGACACCUUAAAUGUCCAAAAUAAAUGAACAGAACACCAGAAACAAAACAUAAAAUGAAUUUAUGAAGCCUCUGUAAACAAAAUUGUCACUUAAAAAGAGGGCUGGUUGAGAACAAUGCACCAAACUGAAGACUUUUGUCAUCCAGUUGACAGAAAGAAAGAUUUUUUUUAAAAAAAGAGAGAAGGAGGAUAAAUUGCGCAAAUGGAAAUUAUUGAGCUCGCUUUAAUUUAUCAUGUGAUUAAUUGAUUUAUUGCUUAUUGUGACAGACCUGCCUACCUGUCAAGUCUCCAGUUUUGGUCGAGAAACUACAAUAUUUUACCUCUCUUUCCCGUCGUGUUCCCAUAAUAGUAUUUUCUCGUAAAGGUCCCAUUUCAUAUCAUAUGUAGUCUCCGCCCCUCCCACGCCGCUCCGACGGCGUAUUUUCAAAUCCAAAGCUUCGCAGGAAUGAGGCCUACCUGGAGCAGAAGUGACGUCCGACCGUGUGUGUGUGUCACUGACGUAAGAAAUUGAGUAGAAUCGUGAAAGAAGCACAAAUUUUGACGUUUUAAAUUGUCUUUAGCAUCAAAUGUUAGCUUCUAGCAUGAGUAGCACAGUUAGCAUUGCUGAACGUAAACGUCAGUCACUGUACGUACUCUCUCGACAAUGUAAAGUCUUUUCUCUGGGAUUUCAGUGUAAAGACGAAAUCCCAGAGAAUGUUUUGGAUUAAAUUUUAGGAUUAAAUCUUAAAUGGAUAUUAGGUGGUUGCUACACUUGCUAACUUUCUGUAAGCCGCUGGAAAUCAGAGCUUUUCCUGUUAAGUGCCGUCAAAUGAUGACUUUAGUGGAGUUGUCAGUGGUGCCAAUAAUUGCAGUGUUUUUAUUACUUAUCAAAAGAAUUAUUGUUUUAAUGACUAAAUGUACUCAAGGCAAAGUUUUAACAUUUUUGAUGCAACAUUAUGCUGUUGUGCUAUUGCAGUAAUAAGACUUUUUAGACAUUUUUUAUGAGGUUAACCAAUAAAACAUGAAUGACAUGUUACAUAUUAAACACUUUAAAUCCAAGUUUAAAAAAAAAAAAAAAAAAAUCACUGACUUACCAGUGACUGUGACUUGACAUUAUUGGAGUUUAUGGAUAAAUUAUGUGUCUGGGAAGAAUCCUAUCUUAAAACGUGAGGUAAAGAAAUUGGUUAAGCUGAAACUACAUCUUUCUGGAUUCUGCGUGACGUCUGAGUUGAUGCGUUGUUGCGUUCCCGUUUUAGUCACUGCAUUGUCACAGCCACAACUGUAGGUGGCGUCCUCGGUCCGGGCAAAUGGUUAAACGGUAACAACCCUCAGCAGGCCCUGUGAGUGAGUGAGUGUAACUUGACGAUGGUUGCAUGAUAAAGUCUGACAUUCUGCAGCGUUUUAUGGUUGCGGUGCUGGAUGAACACGUUUCUAUUAAAACUGAGAUAGAAAUAACACAUGUUCAAGUCAAGUCAAGUCCUGUUCCUGAUAAUGGGGCAUUGUGGGGCUCUUAAUCAAAUGCAGCGAUGGGAGCCGUUAGGGUGGGAGGCCAAGUCGCAGUUGUAAGCAUGGAGAGCUCCUUCGUAUAGUUUCACAUUUCUUGUAUUCCAGUGGUUUCAGCAAAGAGGAAAUGCAGCUGUGCAUGCAAAUUCUCCAGUAUUCCACUCUGGUAUAUUAGUUGUUUUUUUUUUGUUUUUAAGAUUAUUUUUAAAGUGACCAGCAUCUGUGUAAUUUGCAAACGGAAAUCUCAUAAAGUGUGCAUGUUAUAUUGCUUUAGAAAUAACAACAUAAACAAAAAAAAACCAGUCUGAAUUACUUUUAAUACCUUUAAUAGGUUUAACACUGUUGCUAUGUGCAGCAAUGCAAACACCUUCAUAUUUACCACUUGUAAGACCAAAGUGACCAGAUUACAUUCGUAAACCAGAUCGGGCCUAAUGUAUUGCUACUCCCACACCCCCUUACUGUCAGGCACCACAUGUACGUCUCUCUGCAGCGGUUGUUUUCAUGCACAUCUUUUUGGCUUCCAUCGUAUUUAAUGUGAAAUGCAAAGGUUUCCACUGCGGCUGCAGACCCCAAAGCAGACAGAUAAUCCAGAAGCAGGCAAAGUAAGUGACAUGCGAUGGGAUGCAGCAGCAAAAGAAGGAGCCUGGUGGAAGGGGGAGUCAUGAGUAUAAAUACUCUGACAUGGUGCGAGGCUGCGGCCCACAGCCUGCGGCUUUUAUUAACUGUAAAUUCAGAUGUCCCUGGGUUCCUUCUGUCCAGAGCCGUCGGGCCCGUGAGGAUGCACUUGGUUCCUAGCAGGGAUAUCCUUUAAACGAGUGCCCGGCGGUGCACAGGUCCCCCCCUUUUCACCUCCUCCCCCCCGCCCACCCUCCCCUUUGACAUUGAGUUAUGGGGCUCUGGGCUCUGGCCGGUGGUCUGAACAAUUUGUGGUACGGCAACAUCACCGCACACAAAAUGAAUGAUGCCCUGCAGUGUUUGUGUUGGGGCGUUAUCAAUGUGCCGACUAUAAAUAAUAAUUACCAAAAAAACACAGGGCCCUAAGUUUGACCAGAGCACUUUUAUCCAAAAAGUCUGUUUUUCUUUCUGGUCUGUAGGUAUUGGUUUUUUUUUUUUUUUUUGUUUUUGUUUUUUUUUCUCCCCUCGGCUGAGCCGCGUGAGGCGUGGGAGUGGCUGAAAGCCUGUUUGCAUGGAUGAGUGUAACAUUGAUCGGCCAAUGCAGACAUUUUUUUUCUGUUUACCUUGAAUCGCUUCCCCCUGUUUGUAAAGUGUCCACCUGCAUGUUCAGUGCAUUGCAAAAGCAUUCAGAACUUUGAACUUUUCUGCAUUUUGUCACAUUGUAGCCACAUAUUUCAAUGUAUUUUAUUGGAAAUUUACGAUAUGGGUCAUGCAGAAGUAAAAUGAUAGAUGAUAUUUGUUGUUUUAAAAGGGCAGUAUUAUUUAAAAUUUAUUAUUAUUAUUAUUUUGCUUUACAUCAUGUUACAAUGUUAUUCCAUCAAAAAACAUGCCUGAAGUGAUGAUUGGAUUCUUUCAUGAAUGUUUGAGAAAUACUUUAAUCUCCCGUGGCAACCAAAAAUGCCUGGUUGGACCUAGCCCCGCCCUUAAGGCACAGCUCCUCCUUGGAGUUGCAGUCUCCAAAUUUCCAAGCUUCUGCCUCACACAGCAGGUCUCUCCUCUGGCUGCUCAACUCCGCUUCUUCAGACUAGCCAGCAGCAAUUAGCAAACUCCUUCUGGAACCGCAAAUUUCCUGUGCUCAUGAUAUGAGCCACUUGUCAUUGCAAAGCUGGUGAAAGCAUUGUUCAAGGGUUAGUGAUGUGGUGACGUCCUGGAGGCGGAGUUUCAGAAAGAGCAGGAGUUUCUUAAAGGGACAGAAGCCCAAUUUCAAGGCGUUAAAUUACUAAGUCAAAUUUCUUAAGUCAUAUUUGAUAUACGCAGCAUUUAUUUUAAAUAGCAACUGAUUACUUGCUUGUAUUAUAAAAUGAUUCUAUGUUCCUGCCUCUUUAAAGAUAAAAAUAACAAAACUGCGUUGGCCAUCUUUGCUCCAAUAAAAUCAAGUGCAACCCAUUGCCUUCACAACCCA